AUGACUAGUAAGCCGGCUACACCAGCUACACCGAAAGUUAAGGGUAGAAUUGUCGAUGUUAACGCAACACCCAUGAGAAUGACCCCCAAACGAGAAGCAAAGUCUAAUAAUCCGUACUGUACAAAGUAUGAUGAUGAUCAAGCCGCAGACGGUGAGGAUAGCAGCAACCGUAAACGGAAGUUGUCUGGCCACAGCAGCGACCGACCAAACAAAACUCUUGGCCUUGGAGGUAAGGAACCCAAGAGUAAGGAAGAAAAGGGUUUACCUGAAG